UUGGCGGACGAUUUUCAAUUUUGUUUCGUUCAUGUGAUUUAAAUGUGGGUUUUGUUUGCAUAAUUCAUCUGUUAUUGAUUUGGAGCAAACGUUUUAGGUUUUCAGCGGAAUCCGGGACAGUAAUACAUUUUAGAGGCAUAACUGUGUUAACUGUUUGAAGGCAUUAUUGUGAAUUAUAUAUGUAUAUUUUAUUUGAGUGAUGUCUCAGCCUGCUGAAACGAAAUCUGGAUUUUAUGGCCCUGAUGUUCAAGAUAACACAGAUGAAGAAUUGCAGAAAUUCCUAAUAUAUUUUUUGGAUGAGAAAGAGCCACAUGUAAAAGCAGAAAAACUUCUAAUUUUUGCAAGAUCUUAUCUACCUGCUUCCAGUCAACAAGCAUCUUGCAAAACAAGAUCUGACUUUUUUUGUAACCUAAUUACUCAAAUUCCAGCAAUUCUUAAUAUGCUUGGUAUUUCUAAUAUUGGAAACGCAGAAACUUUGAAAGAAAUAGAGCUACAUAAUGAUAAGAACAUUUUGAACUUACAGAGAGCUGGUUUAUGUUUAGAAACCUUGUGCCUUUGUUUGGAAAAUUCUCAUACUUCUCAAGAGUUGCAUUGUGCUCUUAAAAUUACGUUAACUGCUCUUCUUCAAGCAUAUUAUCAUUGCAAAGAAAGUGAACAGAUAUAUGGUAACUUACUUGAAGAUUUUGCACACCACUUAGGUUAUUUUUUCAAGAAAAUAGAGGAUCUUCAAACAGCUAUGUUGUUAAUACUAGAUGAUUCAAAUAAAAUGGCAUAUUCUGAUGAAGAUAUUCACUCUGUAUGUAGUAUUGCUCAUAACAUAGAGAAGUUAUGUAUACUAGUGUCUAACUUAGAUCAGCUGAUGUCAACUAAAUUAUGGAAAAUAUUCAUUAAGUAUGUUAGCUUUAUG